AUGAACUUCACGAUUAUUGGCGGUAAUGUGAAAUUACUGGCCCGAACCGUGAACAGCUUUUCAAAAGUCGGCAACGAACUGUACCUCGAUGCGACUCCGGACGGCUUGGAGUUGAAAACGGUCAAUUCCACCAACACGGCAUACGCGGCCGCACUGUUUGAGCGUGACUUCUUCCUCAGCUACAGCAAUGCGACCGGCACCGGCACUCCGGAUGACUACUGCUGCAAGGUGUCGGUGCGCCCGUUGUUGAGAAUCUUUAAAAACAUAACCAAAAUCCAAAGUUGCGACGUAUGCUUGAAUGUCGCUCAAUCGAAGCUGGUUUUUCAGUUCCGGUGCAAGAGUGAGGCAGUGAAGACGCGCGAAAUCUGUCUGCUCGAAGACGAAAAUAUCAAUUCCCUCCGUUUGCAGCAAUCGUUUACCAGUCAAAUCGUGGGCAAUAAUAAGGUGUUUUCGAGCAUCCUAAUCCAUCUGCACAACUCGGUGCAGGAGAUAGCGUUCGAUUUCAAGCCGGACAAAACGUUGGUGUCUAACCACGUGGACGACGAUCAGCACGAUCGGUCUUCGUUGCGGUCGACGCUCACCAUUCACUCGUCCUCCUUUCUAUCCUACAAGCUCGAUCAACCGGUACACCUGAUCUUCUGCUACAAGGAAUUCAAAUCCCUCAGCUUGUUCGGAGCGUUUAGCAAGCUAAACAUUGAAAUGAGUUUCUCGCAGCCCGGAGCACCGUUGAUGUUGGAGAUGAAAAAGCCUGGCCUAGUGCAGGUAAAGUUUAUCAUGGGCACGAUGAUGCCAUCGGCACGGCCGGCACGAGCGCAACGACGGAAGGUCACCGAGCAAUCGGUCGCCCGCACCGCCACCGCAGACAUCAAUACCGCCAGCUCGAACCUGUCGGACAACGUUUCGCGGGCAUCCAACGGGGGCAUCAAUCAUUCCCCCAAAGAGAUUCCGGCAGCGAACGAAGACGACCGGGGUCCAGCAGCGCCAGCAGUGCUGCCGGCAGCGAACGACGUCGGUCGUGCUGCGGAUGGCCCUACCAAGGCCCCCGAACGACCCAAACCAAAUUCAGAAGCCUUGUUUAACACCGAACAACUUCCAUUCCUCGAUGGCUUAGACGCUCCGACGCCGAGCCUCGAUGCGGGCGCAGGCCCAUCCACUAGAUCUUCGGUAGUUUCCGUGCGGCCAUCAGUGAACGCGCUGCUGCUCGAUGAUGAUGAUGCGUCUCUGGACCUAGCAGCAGUGGAGGCUCUCAGCAGGAGGGCCUCUGCGGUACCACCCCGGAAACGUCACAAACUGCUGCAUGGAGUGCAGCCCGAUGCGGCGGACCCCAGCGAGGCACAUCCUGCCGAAAUUUCGAUCGUGCCCGUGUCACCGGAAGUGAUCGAGGAAAGGAGACGCAAGCAAGCGAAAAUGCGCCACAUCUUCCGGCGCUGUUUCGAGCCGACGUUCGACCCGAACAACGGUAUGGGAUGUAGUCAAAUGUUGGCCGGGAAAUCCGAUUCCGAAGAGGACUCUUAG